AUGGACUACAUGCAACAAAACGCCUUCGCCUUCGCCUCACAACCUCAGUCACAGUUUAUCUACCCACAAGUCCAGUAUCAAACCUUCAUGACCCAUGCCCAGCAGCCCGUUGACGAUUUCUACAUGCCUUACAGCGGAGUGGAGUAUGCGGAUUUCGCGGACGCGGGCAUGAUGCAUGAUGAGUUUGGAGAGGCUCAGGAGAUCUCGACACGCCCAAGACUGACCAAGGAACAAGCUGAGAUCCUGGAAGCCCAUUUUCAAGCAAAUCAUAAGCCCAGUUCCCAGUUGAAGAGGGAAUUGGCUAUACAGACAAACUUGAAGCUGACUCGGGUCGGGAAUUGGUUUCAGAAUCGUCGUGCAAAAGCCAAGCAGCAGAAGAGACAAGAAGAAUACGAAGCCCAGCAUACAGCAGUCAAGCCUGGCUCGAAAGAGCAGAGAAACUCCGUUUUGGCCGAAGUCUCAACACGGGAAGCCGUCUCUCCCAGAUCGUCUGUCGCUUCGCCCACGAAGGAAUCAAGCACGAAUUCAGCCGCAGCAUCAGUUUCUACCGCACAAACAUCACCUUCGCCCAUCAAGGUUGUCGACAACCCCAAAGAAGCGAGUUGGAACUCUUUACAACGUGCUCUGGGACAAGCCAAAGCAGCACAAGUGCAGCAGGUGACUCAGCCACAAGCUGCUGCUGUGUCAUCUCUAGAAGUUCCUACGCAACCGAUAUCUAUGCAACUUCCCCUUCGGUUAAACGACCCACACAUGACUUCGUUGACAUCUAGCCUGCCAACAUGGCCAAAUCGGCAUCCUGCAGCCGUGCCAUAUCCAUCUCCGAUCAUGCUUCAGGACACCUCCUUUGAUUUUGGCUUCGACGAUGAGGUUGCGGAACAAGAUUCCAGUCAAGACCCAACCACCCUUGAUCCUGUAGCGGACUAUGGGCAGGACUCUUUUGUAGUAACACCUGAGGAUUUCCGGGAGUCUCUUCCUACGCCAAAAGGCAUGCACAGUCAUCAGAGUCCCAUAACGGCACUGCCAUCCCCAGGUAUCACUAUGCCUUCAUAUCCUGGUUCGCGGCGUCCAUCAGCCACAGAGGAUCUCUCGACCAAUUUCAGUCACUUUGCCCUCGCCAGCGAUGCGCCCAACUUAGUGGCAGACCAACGGAUUUCAGAGGGGAUAAGUCCUCCGCAAAGUGGCCCUCUCGAUAUCGCCGCGCGCCGAAAGCGACCUCGACCCGCAGCUUUGACGUCGGCCUCACUUCGAAGCCGUUCUUACGGAGCGAUGACAUCGGCUUCUCCGACAUUUCGCCAAGGCAUCAUGAGCCCUCAAGCACCUCACGGCGUUCGACACGUCAAAUCGGCCGGUCAAAGCCUUCACUCACGAUAUGCAGGUAUACGGAAAGCCAGUUCGGCUCAAAGGUCGCCCAUGUGCGCCUCGACUUUUGCUGAAGCAGAAGCUUUCAACCAAUUGAUGGCCCAGCAAGCAAUUGCAACAACACCCCUCGGAGAAUUGUCAGAACAGUUGUUGUCGCCUGACCACGUCUCUAGCGGUUAUGUGAUGGAUCCGGAAAAGAACCCGUUCUUUGCCCAACCCAUUGACGUGUCCAACCAAUAUUCCAUGCGACCGCCACAAAACCUUUCGCUCGCGACAGCAUCCCCUCCGGUGACACCGAUGAUGGCGGCGUUCAUGAGCAGAGCCCAGUCGCAACAAUCUCUCAUUCCUCCUGCAUCUGCUCCCCCACAAUUCGCGGCAUUCACCGACUACACGCCUCCUUAUUCGGCUGGGCCACUUACCAACAGCAGCUGGUCGGACGCCCCCUUGACGUCGCCGGAAAUGCCGUCAUUCCCUGCGACCCACAUUGCUUCCCUCGGGUUUCCGCAUCAGUGUGAUGGCCUCAACGGCCAAUUUCAACAAUUUGUACUCCCUUCGGACAACAAGUCUGAAGUGGACUAUGCAUCUCAUGUCGAUCAGAAGAAAAUGGAGUUCUACAUUCAAGAAUUCCCAAACCAAAAAGAGGAACAUGCACAUGUUGCUCAACAACUUGCUCAACAAAAGCCCAAAAAUUACGUAUUUGCGAACACAGCUCCUCAGGACUACACCGGUACCUAG